GAAAAAGUAAUAGUAAAUAAACAAAUAAAACAAGAUUUGCACGGAUAUAGCUGUUAAAAUUGUUAGUCCUAAGAUGGUUCCCUUGAUAAAAAAAAGACAACCAUGAAAAUGGCAGAUGCAAGAAAGAAGCACGAACUACUUCCCAAGAUAAGUCAGAUUUGUUAACAAAGAGUUACGGCAGGGAGGAUAUAAAGGACAUCUUCAAGGUACAGACAGAAGAAGAAACUUCCCAAAGUAAAUCGAAAUACCAAGAGUCAGAGCAGCGAGGAUAUAACCAACAUCUCCAAGGAGGAGAAGGACUUGAAGUUGAUUUUUGUUUCAAGCAGGAAAUGGGAUUUACAAGCAACGUAGGAAAGUACCAGCUUGGUCGGACAAUUGGAGAGGGAACUUUUGCCAAGGUUAAGCUAGCAGUAGACACCAUAAGUGGCCAAUGUGUAGCAAUCAAGAUCAUUGAUAAAUGCAUGGUCAUGGAAAAUAAUCUUAACCAUCAGGUCCAAAGAGAGAUCAGAACAAUGAAGCUCCUGGACCAUCCCAAUAUUGUAAAGAUACACGAGGUGAUUGCCACGAAGACCAAAAUUUACAUAGUCAUGGAAUAUGUAUCAGGAGGACAACUUUCAGACAAGUUGUGUUAUGCCAAGAAGCUGAAUGAAACAGAUGCCAGACAAAUUUUCCAGCAAUUGAUUGAUGCAGUUGAUUAUUGCCACAACAAAGGGGUUUAUCAUAGAGAUUUAAAGCCAGAAAAUUUGCUUAUAGACAGCAAAGGAAAGCUUAAAGUGUCUGAUUUUGGACUAAGCACACUCCGGAAGCCAGGAGAGAUGCUACGUACAGCUUGUGGUUCACCCUGCUAUGUAGCACCUGAGCUGAUUGAGAAUAAGGGCCAUGAUGGAGCACCUGCAGAUGUUUGGUCUUGCGGAGUAAUUCUUUUUGAACUACUUGCUGGUUAUUUACCAUUUGAUGAUCAUAAUCUUGUUGUCUUAUAUAGAAAGAUAUCCAGAGCAGAUCACACAUGGCCACCAUGGUUCACUAAAGACCAGAAGAAGUUAAUCUCUAGAAUAUUUGAUCCAAAUCCUAAAACGCGAAUCACAAUACCAGAGAUCAUCGAAGAUGAAUGGUUCCAAAAGGACUAUGUUCCUUCUUUUGGGUAUGAAUGCAAUGACAAAAUAUGCUUGGAUGAUCUCAGUGCUGCUUUUGAUUCACUUGAGGAGCAUGGCACAGAUAAAAACAUGCCCAAGUCUCCUACUUUCAUAAAUGCUUUCCAGUUGAUAGCAAUGUCUCACGACCUUGACUUAUCAGGUCUCUUUGAAGAACAGGAUGACAAGCAGAGAACAAGGCUUGGAUCCAAAAAUACAGCGCAUGAAACUAUCAAGAAAAUUGAAGCUGCAGCAACAAAUGCCAGUCUAUCGGUUGAAAAGAUGAAUAACUUCAAGAUGAAAAUUCACCAAAAACAGAGAAUGUUCAGAAGUUCUAGAAACUAUUGCAACCUAUCUGCAGAGGUAAUUGAGGUUACUCCAACGAAUUGCGUUGUAGAAAUAUCAAAGUCUGCAGGAGAGCUAAUGGUUUACAAAGAGUUCUGCAAAAGCUUAUCAAGUCUACUGAAAGAGGAAUAAAAGUAUCCUCACAAGUGCCAGAAUCUAAGCUAGUUUAGUCAACAUGAACAACAACAACAUGCACGAAAAAUGCAUGGUAAUGUCAAACCUUACUUUCACAUAGAACAGACAGUAACUGCGCUAGCACUACUAUAUUUCACUUGUGCAACUCGGAAGAAACAACCAACAAAGAAGGUAAGGACCUAAUGGGCUGUUCUUCAUUUUGAUUAUCACCUUGUCGCAACUUUUUUUCCUACCAAGAUUCCUGUCAGAUAUUUAGGAAAUAAAAUGGCAUGUUAUAAUCUACAUUAAACAUGCAAAUGAGGGAACAAAUAAGAAUUGCUUAUAACUAGCCUCAAAUUCAAAAUUACCCAGUGACUU